AUGUUCUUGAGAUCUGCUUUAUUAGUUAGUCUUGCACCAAUUGUUUUAGGUGCUCCAUAUGCCAAUCCAUACUUUGGUAAAUAUUUCCAUGGUCAAAGAACUUCAGCUGACUCUUCAUCACAAGGAAAUAAUUUCCCCGUUAAAGAUUGUUCUGCUUUUAUUAACGAUAAUCCUGAAGGUUCAUGGUCUGGGCAAAAUACUUCUGCCAUUCCAGAAGAGUAUUCAUGUUGUUACGAAUGGAUGGGUACAAUUUUGCUGACACAAUUCUGGGAUUACAAUACCACAUUGUUGGAAAUUGCAGUCAAUGGAACUACCCAAGAAGUUGUUGAUGCCGAACUCAAAAGUUCUGUUGAUUCUGUUCACGAUGAUUUGAAAAGAACAUUCACUAUUCAUGGAACAUGGAAUGACAUGAAUAAUGGUUCAUACACUCAAUACUGUCGUCCUGAAUUGGAGAUUAGUGAUGAAAAAGAUAACAUUACCCAUGUUUUGGUUGAUGAAUUCAAUGAAGUUGAACUAUAUGAAAUCAUGUCAAAAUACUGGGUGGACUCAAUUGCUUCAAAUGUUGACAACCUGGCUUCCGUGGCUCUUUGGGAACACGAAUACAACAAACAUGGUACUUGUUAUGAUUCCUUACAACCAUCUUGUUUCACCGGGAAUUACAGUCGUUUCGAAAAUGUUGUCAACUAUUAUAGGAAAACAGUUGAAAUUUGGUCCCAAUUGGAUACUUACCAGUUCUUGGCUCUGGAAGGUAUUUAUCCAACAGUUGCAAGAAAAUACAAAUUAAGUGAUAUCCAAGCUGCUUUACAAAAAGCCCAUGGGGCUGAGGUCUAUGUUGCAUGUUUGAACAAUUCCAUUUCUGAAAUCUGGUACUAUCAUCUCUUACAAGGCAGUUUAUUGACAGGGAAUUUCAAGUCCAUUGAUUCUUUGACCAAUAGUUCUUGUAAAGAAGAAGAGGUCUGGUACAUUCCAAAGUAG